CCCCAAAAGCUGAUGGUGCUGGUACCUGGCACCCCUCGACCUAUGCCUCAAACCAAAAGACCAGAAAGCCCAUGGGCGUUGCCAGGAUUUAUUGUAGGGGGGGCAGGCAUUAUGUAAGGGGGGGCAGAAUGAGUUAUAUGUGACACAAUUGGUCAGAUAGUUAAGUAUUUUUAUUUAUUUACUUGAUGGGGGUAAAUCCCUGCCCCCCCAGUCCUCCCUAGCUACAGAAUUCUUCUGGGAGGCUCCUUAUGGUUCAGAGCUCCUUAUGAGUACACACUGCUCUUUUCAGCCCCAAAAUACAAGGGGAAGAAAAUGGGAAUCUUCCAAAUAGCUCCCAUGGCUGGAAGCCUGCAGAUAAAAUGUGGAGAAAAAGCUGAAAGGGCUCAGGUCAUCACUGCUAGUCAUGUGGUGAGCUUCUCCAUAGGAAAGUACUGUCCUUUUGAACUACAGUACAGUGGAACCUCGGUUUAUGAACACCUCGGUUUAUGAAUUUUCGGUUUAUGAACGCCGCGGACCCAUCUGGAACGGAUUGAUUCAUUUUCCAUUACUUUCAAUGGGAAAGUUCACUUCAGUUUAUGAACGCUUCAGUUUAUGAACAGACUUCCGGAACCAAUUACACCCAUGCUUCAGUUUAUGAACGCUUCAGUUUAAGUACCCCGCGGUCCAUCUGGAACGGAUUAAUCCACUUUCCAUUACUUUCAAUGGGAAAGUUCGCUUCAGUUUAUGAACACUUCAGUUUAUGAACAGACUUCCGGAACCAAUUGUGUUCAUAAACCGAGGUUCCACUGUACUGGAGAGCACAGAAAGAGGCAGAAAUGAGUAAUGAUCAGCAGUUGUGACACAUUGUUCCUGGACUGGACCUGUCUGUAUGGUGUCUGUUCCUAAAUGUCUGUAAAUACCAAAUGCUCUCAGGCUCGUGCUGUGUGUCUCCAAAGCUAUAAUACUGUCUAUUGCUAUAAAAAAUGUCAAGGCAAUGCAUGCACAGUUAAAUAACAAAUGAUCUAUUUUCAUUUGGCAUGGAAUAGCUUACAGCUUCUGCAGUGAACAGCACAACAGUUAAUUAUGGCACAAGAAGGAAAAUGAAAUAUGGCCUCAUGUUUCAGAGAACAGAGAGAAGAGAAGUCAAUUUUGAGGGCUAAUUAGAAAGUAAAACUAGCCCCUCCCAGAGGCAAGCUGAACUAUGUACUGUAGUGAACUUGUCUUUUAUCAUAGCAUCCACAAGAAGGCAGCAGUACAAAACAAGAUUUUUUUAAUCCUAUCCUGAAGUAACGCCUAGCAGCAUUAUAUCUUUCAGUGGCAGCCUGUGUCAGAAAAGCAACUGCUACAGAGGAAAGAAGAUGGAGAUCAUUUUGGCUCUCCUGUUUACAGUGGUUCUAGGUUUUGUUGUCAAGCUGAUUUUCUUUCCGUUCAGAAACGGCAAUGAGCCGCCUUGUAUCCAUGGCUGCAUCCCUUGGUUUGGAGCUGCCUUCGAGUUUGGGAAAGCUCCUCUGGAAUUCAUCAAACAAGCCGGACUCAAGUAUGGACCAGUAUUCACAGUGUAUAUGUUGGGGAAACGAUACACAUUUGUAACUGAUGGAGAAGGUUUUCAAGCAUUUUGUACUUCUAAAGAUGUGGAUUUUGAGCAGGCAGUGCAACAGUCUGUCCAGCGUACAGCUUCAAUUCCUGAAGAAAUCUUUUACAAGAAUAGGAGCAGGAUAUAUAUCAUGGUGAAGGGAAGACUGGGUACAUCUAAGCUGCAUCAUAUGCCUGGGAGUCUCUGUCAGGAACUUCAGAAACACAUGGAGGAUUUGGGUCAUGAGGGAACGGAGGAGCUCAGAGAUCUUGUAAGGCACAUCAUGUUCCCAUCAACAGUGAACACCCUGUUUGGAAAAGACAUGUUUUUGACCACCAGGGAUAAUGUCAAGGAGUUUGAGGAGCACUAUCAGAAUUUUGAUGAUGAUUUUGAAUAUGCUACCCAACUGCCAAAAUAUUUUCUGAAAAAAUGGUCUAAAUCUAAGAAAUGGCUCCUAAAAAGUUUUGAAAAAGUUGUCUUGCAUGCAGAGGAAACUAAUCCUUCAGAUGACUGUUCUAAGACACUAUGGCAACAUCUCCUAGACACUUUGCAAGGAAAGACCUUCAGUGCUAAUUAUGGCCUCUUACUCCUUUGGGCAUCUCAAGCCAAUGCAAUUCCUGUUUCAUUCUGGACACUUGCAUUUAUUCUGUCUCAACCUCCUGUUUACAAAAAAGUCAUGGAUGAACUAGAACCGGUUUAUAGAAAAGCAGGUAAAGAUAACAUCCAGUUAUCUGAAGAUGACCUAAAAAAUUUCCCAUUUAUCAAGUGGUGUAUUUUGGAAACAAUACGAUUAAGGGCACCAGGUGCCAUCAUCAAGAAAGUGAUCGCUCCAAUGACAAUUCAAAAUUUUGUUAUCCCUGCUGGUGACCUGUUGGCCUUGUCUCCAUAUUGGAUUCAUAGAAACCCCAAAUAUUUUCCUGAGCCCAAUACUUUUAAACCAGAAGAAGAGAAAUAAGAAGGGGGGGCAGGUGGAGAAGGUCAUAUGCAGAUCUUCAGACAUAUUUUCUCUCCAGCAAAGACUUGAUAGGUGAGGUGCCUUCUGUUCUUACAAAACUUGAUUCCCCCCCCCACUUUAAAAUGUACAAAAAGUUAAAAUGCUGAAAUAGAUUGAAUUUCACAUCCACUUAAUUGGAUAUUCCCUGGUUCUAGUAUUAUGAGAAGGAUAAAAAUCUCUCAUUCCCACCCCCAAUUACUUGCCUUUUUUCUAAAAGUUAUAAUGCCCCAGGUUUUGUAACAUUUCCUCAUAGGGGAAUUGCUCCAACCCCUGGAUCAUAUUGGUCACUCCCCCGCCCCGCCAAUAAUGUGCUUUGCUGCCAUAGCAAUAAGUAUGCUCUCAUAGACCCAACCUUCAGCAACAUAGCCUUUCAGUUUUGUUCCGUGUACAUGCUGUCAAUUACUACCUGAUAAACUGCAAAUAUGGUACUCACAGGUACAUGAUCCACUGAGUCAACCAUUCAUCCUAUUAUUUAAUGUAAACUGCUUAGCUGCUUGUUUAUAGUUGCUUUAUACUAAGUCAAUUGGUCAGUCUUGUUUAGUAUUGUCUACACUGACUGGCAGCAGCUUUCCAGAGUUUCUGACUCUACCUGGACAUGCCUGCAACUGAACCGUCCUAAGGCAAUGCAAGGCAGUUGAUCUAUACUGAGCUACAGCCCAGAAAGCAUAAACCAGGAACCAGAGGAGCACUUAAGAAAGGACAAUAACAGUUUGCUAUAAUUUGGCAAGCUUUGGAUACCUAAACCAGCUCAAGAGAGGGGCUUGCAUUUCUUUGAGGUGAAGAACUGAAAUACACAGGUUCUUCCUUUGAAACAAAAGAAUGUCAGGGAUUUGCAAGAUGCAAAUUAAAUCCCUGCCCCCAGGCAAAUCUACUUGGGGUGUGAAUUGGAUUUGAGCUCACAGCUCCUUCUUUAUGUGGCUGUUGAGCUCAAACGAACAGCAAUGGGCUGGGCACAGGAGGAGCUGCUGCAAAAAAGAUAUUUUAAAAAGCAAAACUUUUGAGGCCAUUUAUCAUACAGUAAUAAUUUUCACAAUUUGCCAGACCAAAGUGAACUAAAAAGGAGGGUUGAAGAAGGAAGGAAGAGCUUGCAGGAAAACCUCCUUCAGUUUGACAGCGAGUCAGGGAGGGAGAGGAACAGCUUUGCUGAGGCUGCUGCUCACAACUCCAGCCUCUGCCUUGCCGGGUGGGGAGGGGGAGGGGAAGCCACUUUGCUGGGAGGGAAGGAGCCCCGCUGGGGCUGCGAGAUAGGGAAGGAGCCGAAGGGAGAACAGCAGCUUUGCCGAGGCUGCUUCUCCCGACUCGAGCCGCUGCCUUGCCCGACAGUCAGACGGGGAGGGAGGGGCAGGAGCUGCUUUUCAGGGAGCUGGUCGGCAAGCUGCCGUGUCGGGUGUUUAUUUUAUUUUUAUUUUAUUGCUUCUAGAGGGGGGCAGGAGCCCUAACCUGCCGGGUGCUGGGUACGCCCCUGGCUUUCACACACAGGGCAGAAUAAAGAUAGUUUGAGUUCUUCACUUGAAACUUUAUAAAUUUAUGUAUUAUAACAUCACAAAUGGAAACCAUUAAUUAUGUAGCUGUUGACUCAGGGAUUAUUAUUAUAACUGAAAUGUAACUGACAAUUAAGAUUAUGGGACACAGUGAUACAGGAUCGGAAAUGCACCCAAACCACCAUGCGGGGAGCCACUUUAACUAAAAUGUAUUAAUUGGAGGUUGAUUGGCACUUUGAUAAUUGUAUAAUUUGGGAAAUAAUUGUUAUUAUUAUAAUUUGGCUGUUAUUGAGGGUAUAUUGGAAAACUAAUUUAAAGAUUAUUUUUUAAUAAAUUAUAUGGAAAUGAGUUAGAACCUGAAAAAUAAUGAGCUUAAAUACAGCUGUCUCCCGUUAAGGCUUCAAGGCUGGUGUCACAAGGUAAUUGGGUAGAAGAGGUCUAAGUCCCCAUAAAACCUGGAUUGGUGGGAGCUUUCAGCAGCCAGCCAAACAAAGGUUGGGCUUUUGACAGCAUCUUGUUCUGUUGCUCAGCCUACUGAGAUUUAAGUGUGUUUAUGUUAAUUAGCUGGAUAAGUUACAAGAAAGAAGAUUCCACCUAAACAUUAGGAAGAACUUCCUGACAGUAAGAGCUGUUCGACAGUGGAAUUUGUUGCCAAGAAGUGUGGUGGAGUCUCCUUCUUUGGAGGGCUUUAAGAGGAGGCUUGACAGCCAUCUGUCAGGAAUGCUUUGAUGGUGUUUCCUGCUUGGCAGGGGGUUGGACUGGAUGGCCCUUGUGGUCUCUUCCAGCUCUAUGAUUCUAAGUUUGUUGUUUUCUUACCUUUUGAGCUAUUUGGAGUUUCUCUCUCUCAUAGCGUUUUUGUUUUAGUAAAGUCUGUGUAUGAUUUUAUGAAAUUUGGUCUGGUCUGAACUCCUGGACCCUUUAAUUUUGACCAUGUUUUUUGGAGCAAGGGUCACCCACCACACCAGGACUGGCCCAAGGGAGCCAGGGAGCUUCAUGGGAAUUUGAACACUGGUCUUCCAGGUCGUAGUCCAACAUGAAUCGCUACAAGGCAUUGGCUUUCUGUGUGGAAAUAAUUCCCAUGGAGCAGGCAUUUCCAACACGUUGAUCACGAUCGACUUGGGAAUCGCUGACUGGUUUUUGUCAAUCGCAGGCUACCGUCAGUCUCAUGCAAGCCUGAGCUCCUCCUCCUCCAGCCAUGGAAGCAGGCUUGCCUUCCUUCCCUGACGCCUGCUCUGCACUGCGC